UCACAUCAAGAAGGGAUUUCUGUGGGACAGGAUAGAAACAGGACCAGGACAGAGGCAAACUACCGUAUUUAGCUGUCGAUCCAGACAUACACCACCUCAAGGCUGAGACGCUCUGCGAGGACAUUUGCAUAAAGUGCUAAAUAGGGAUCUGAUGGAGCAGGGCAGGUGAUACCGGCCAAAGGACACACAGAGGAAGGAGGGCCCAGAGCUGACACUGACAAAGCUCAGAGCACACACCCACCAACACACACAGACACGCUCACACUAACUCACACCUGUGGCUCAGGCAGAGAACUCAGACCUGCACAGAGGAGGACUUAUACGAACCUCAAACUCUCCCCUGCUGGGAUCUCAGAAGUAUUUCAUUGCAGAAAAAUGUAUUUUGGACUUCUACGGGAGUGAGCUGGGAGGAAGAGAGAGGACCAUCUCACAUCUUCAUUCGACAGAUAAUCCAGACGUACAUACAUUCAUCUCCGGAAGAUGGAUCAGUCUCCUCAGGUCUGGCACAUGCAGGUUGACAAUGCUGGAGAGCUGCAAAAGAAAGUGUCGAUCGCUGGUCAGCCAGAAUGCUCAAUCUGCUACAACACCUACGACAACGUCUUCAAAACGCCAAAGCUGCUGGAGUGCACCCACACCUUCUGCCUGGAGUGCCUCUCCCGCCUCAUGGCGUUCUCCCUUGCCGAACAAGAGGAUAAUGGCGGCAGCCCUCACCUCUCCUGCCCCUUCUGCCGCCAAACAACCACGCUGCCUGAGGAAGGACCCCCGGCCCUGACCACAAGCCACGAGGUCCUCUGCAAGCUGCCCAGCCACCAGCAGCAGGAGGAGCCGGUGUGGCUGGAAGGGGAGAAGCUCUGCUACAAAACCAGACACAACGCCCCAGACAGUCCCACGGCCUUUUGCGUCUGCAUCGACAUCGGGGCCACCAAGUCUGCUGCGCCGGUCCAGUCGCAGCCCCGGACUUCUGGCAUUCUGGACCGGCUUUCUGACUGGAAGAGGAUGGUGCUCUUCGUUGUACUCAUGGUGCUGCUUGUUGUCAUCGUGUUGUGGCCUCUACAGUGUGUUUUCAGCACAGGGAGCAUGCGUUGCAUGCGGGAAACAAACACUCCCAACCCAACCCCAGCUACCACUACCUUUAGCUCGAUCGCUCGCUCUUCUCUGUCCGAUUAAACUUCUAAACUUGCUGGACUUCACUGCAACUGUAAAUUAUUUGUUUUUGACACAGCCCUUAUUCAUCCUUUGCUCAUAAUUGCAACAACUGUUGCUGUCAACACCUUAUAUUUCCACCUGCAAUAGAGCCACAGGUUUUGGACUGCAAUAGAACUUCGAUGUUGGACGAGAUGUCAGACUUUAGCGCCACUCAGUGUUGGUUUUUAAAAAGGCACUCUGACUAACCCCACAGGGCGCCAAAUAUGAAAAUGCUGAAAGCAACAUGGACUGCAUUCACUGGAAUUUUGAGUUUUGGUUACCUAUGCAAGUGAAAUCAUUGAACUAUUUAACAUUUUUAAAAUCAUAAUCACUUUCAAAUAGCUGCUUUAACUGGAAUAAAUCCCUCUCAAGCUCCUACACAGCAGUCCUUCAGUACAGAAUUGUUAAUAGAAGCUUUAAAGGCUGAUUAAACGACAGUGAUGGACUUUUUGUUGAUAUAGCCUGCCAAACAUGAUGUUGAAGAAGCUUGCUGUAUUUAUGCCAAAAAUUGUUUCAAUGGAUUGUGAACUUUUCUAUGCAAAUAUACAGUCAGCUGAAGAACAACAAAAAGUCCAGAUUGUAAAGAAUGUAAUCACAAUGUGCCAACUGAGAACUCAAAGUGUUUAUAUAUUGUACAUUUGAUUCGUAUGUUUGUACAGACUAUGUCUUUGUUUACAGAACUAUAAUAACAGGUUAGAUAUCUGCUUGGAUCAUAUUCUGGAUCAGUUAUAGUUUACAAUAUUUACACAGCAGGUGCAGUAAAUUGCCCUGAAACAACAACCAACAUGUGACGUGCUUGAAUGCAAAUUUAAAAGUGUUAGUUUCAAAGUCAAGUUUUAAUUUCCUCCCUAUGUGAACCUUAGACUCAUGACUACAGAAACAAAGCCUUCCUUUGUCUUCUCAGGAAGUUGCGUUCAUUUAUUCCUGGAUUAGGAGCGUCACGUGAAGGAAAAGUGAGGCUGUGGGGGGUUUCCGAGGUUCUCACCUCUGACACAUGCUUGAAAAGAUGCUUAAAUGUACAUUAAAAUGUAACAAUCAUUUAGGAGCAGUCGUAAUAAAAGUGUGACUUCCUGAAGCACCACGAGUAAACAUUGGUAACCGAUUGAUGCAGGAUAAAAGGCUCAGCCAUCGGCUUGAAACACACAUUAUUUUUUUUAAAGCAAAUCCAGAUAAGAAUAAAUCAUAAGAAGAAUAAACAUUGUAUGUAGACAAAUUGAAUAAAAGCUUCUUGUGAUUUAAUGCCACUUUGCUCCAGAGCUUUUGAACUACACACCUUCAUAAAAAGAAACCUGUUGUUCCUUCUCUCCAAUAAAGUAGAAUAAACAGACGAUUUUCCUUGUGG